GGCCCAUAUCAUUCCCAUUAUAACAAAAUAGCCGCUCCAUUAAACCAAAACAAAAAAAUAGCUGCCGCCGAUUUGCCAGUAUUUAUCAGAAAACACGAACACGUUGGAGUGGCAACGCUGAACUAAAUUCAAACCACCGGAAAACGCAACCGUAGUUGCUCGUCAUCCUCCAGAAACACUUUGUAUUUUACACCAUGACGAAGACGAAAAAGAGUUCUACAUCGACUUCGAAUAAGUUGCAAGAGAAUAAUACCAUUGAGGAGGAGCAAAAGCCUUCUUCUCUGCCGAAAAAAGCAGCUAGUGAAAUUGACGAAAUAUUUGCUGGUAAAAAGAGAAAGAAAUCUGACGUGAAGAAGGGUGAAAAAGCCGAUCAAGCAACUAAAAGUAGCGAUAAGACUAAGAAAAGGACGAAUGAGAAGAAAAAACCCAAGCGGGCAGAUGAGGGUGAGUUUAUUGAACGACCAUCUCGAUCAAGAAAGAAAACGGAGGAUGGGCUUACCAUCUAUACUGAAGAGGAAUUAGGUCUUAGUAAAGGGGAUGCUGGUAAUACUCCACUCUGUCCUUUUGAUUGCUCUUGUUGCUUUUAAUGGAUGCUGCGUGUACACUACUCCUUGCUACAAUGAAGAAAGGUGUUGUGAUUGUGUUGCACGCUUUGCCAUAUUUGUAGUUGGGACAAUUAAUUAUGCCCUGAGUUAUCUUGUUUUGACGUUGAAUUCUUUUGAUCUAGAUAUGAUUCCUAGAAGAAGUAAUUUAAAUUUUGCAACCGUUAUAGUUAUGCACUUCUAGGCUUCAUCCCCUAGAAACAUGAUUGUUCAUGUAUUAUGUCUCUGCUAGAUGGUUUAAGUAAUUUGUUAGAAAAUGAAGGAAAUGUUGUAGAA